AUCGUGUAAUCUUUACGUGAUGCACAUUAUUGAAAUAUCAUGGAAAAAUAAAUAUAAUAUAAAGUGAUGUGUUCAGGCAUUGGUAAUUCACUCGCAAUAUGUAUUAAGGUUUUUGCAUUUGCAACAGAAGCAUCCCAAAGAUUGGACGAAUUGCAUUCCGUUCCAGUUCAGAGAAAUUCUAAACGCAAUACCGUUCUGAAGAAAGAUGGUCAUGCAAAAGUUCUCCAUGGUUUUGAUUGCUCUGACGCUGGUUUUCAUCACCAAUAAUAUCGGCUUCGCUUUAAAGAGAUCGUGUGGAUCGCUUCUGACUAGCAGGCUGUACAAAGUUUGCCAAGACCUUGGAGGUUACAAUGUCUUCAGAGAUGAUGGUCACCCUCGAAGGCAACGCAGAUCGAUAGUUGAGGAAUGUUGCAGAAACGCUUGUUCAGAUAAGGAUGUGAGCCAAUACUGUCGAAUCAAGAGUACCAAGGAAGACUUCAGCGAAGAAAUUCCAGAACCUGUUCCAAACGAGAUCCCGAAAAUAACCUCUACUACGGAGCCCUAUCAAAUUAAGAAAGUUAUUGACAUCACAGAGAUUACAUCCGACUAUCCUCCCAUUUUAUUUGGGACUGUAUCCCCGGAGUAUACUGGCAAUUCAAUGUCUCCCCAAAUAUCCAAAUAUUAUGAUUAUCAACCCUUCGAGGAUCAUACUCAGUAGACAAGCAGUCGCUUGGUGGCAGUGUAAUAUUCCGCAUACAUCCUGUGAAAUUUGUGAUAAAAUUGUAUAGAAAAGUGCAAGCGAAAUGUGAUAACUGAUUUUCAAAAAAUCAAUUUAAAUUUCAAAUAUAGUAAGUGAAAUUAUUGCAAUA